UAUUUGAGAACACCUCCGACGCCCAAUCUACUCCGCUUUGCUGCUUUACACCGUCGCCACUCGUUUGACAGUGCCUGAUUCCGUCCCAUUCGGUAGUCUCCCUCCGAUCGAUGGGCAGUUCCUCUGCUGGAGCGCUGGUGCCUUCCGUAUCGAAGACGGAGGAGAUGGGGGCUUCGGUCGCACCCCCCGCAGUCUCCUCCUCGGAGACCACGGACGUCGCCGGAACGCCAGCCGCGCCGGAGGCAGAUAAGGUACCAGACGGAGUUCGGGAUCCGGCGCCCGCGGCGUCAGAGGAGGAAGCUGAGCGCGACAAGGAUCUUCGCUGCCCUAUCUGCAUGGGGGUCAUCAAGGACGCCUUCCUGACGGCCUGCGGCCACAGCUUCUGCUACAUGUGCAUUGUCACCCACCUCAACAAUAAGAGCGAUUGCCCCUGCUGCGGAAUUUACCUCACCAAGAAUCAACUCUACCCGAAUUUCCUUCUCAAUAAGCUUUUGAAAAAGCAUUCAGCCUGUCAAAUUGCAAAAACAGCAUCCCCAGUUGAGCAUCUUCGUCUAGCAUUGCAACAGGGAUGUGAGAUGUCAGUUAAAGAGUUAGAUGGUCUGCUGGGUCUGCUCACUGAGAAAAGGCGGAAAAUGGAACAACAAGAGGCCGAAAUGAAUAUGCAAAUUCUGCUUGACUUUUUACAGUGUCUAAAGAAGAAAAAGUUAGAAGAGCUAAAUGAGGUACAAACUGAUUUACAGUACGUCAAAGAAGAUAUAAAUGCCGUUGAGAAGCACAGAACAGAACUUUAUUGUGCAAGAGAAAGAUUCUCUGUCAAAUUGCGCAGUUUGGAUGAUCCGAUUGCAACAAAAUUGUGGUCUCCCAGUGCUAACCAGCAUAAUAGUAUACUUGUCUCAAAUGCUCGAAGCUCUCUUGUGGGAACAUGCUCUGGAAAUUUACAAGCGAAGAGUAAUGAUGUAAAAGUUCAACUGAGCCAUCAAGAGUACCAAAGGAAAGAUGCUUUUAGUGGUUCUGAAACGAGUCCUCUGAUUCAAUCAGGAAGAAUCAUAGCAAGAAAGAGAAGAAUUCAAGCUCAGUUUAAUGAGCUUCAAGAAUGUUACUUACAAAAGAGGCGGCUCAGAGCGAACCAAAUACAUGGUCAAGAAGAAAAAAAAGUAAAUGUUAAAGUGAGAGAAGGAUACCAUGCCGGACUAGAUGAUUUUCAAUCUGUGCUAACUACAUUUACAAGAUACAGUCGGUUACGUGUUAUUGCGGAACUUAGACAUGGAGAUUUAUUUCAUUCAGCAAAUAUUGUGUCAAGCAUAGAGUUUGAUCGUGAUGAUGAAUUUUUUGCUACUGCUGGUGUUUCGAAGCGCAUUAAAGUGUUUGAAUUCUCAACAGUUGUUAAUGAACCAUCAGAUGUGAAUUGCCCUGUUGUAGAAUUGGCAACACGAUCUAAACUUAGUUGCCUAAGUUGGAACAAGUACUCAAAAAACAUCAUUGCAAGUAGUGAUUAUGAAGGGAAUGUAACUGUAUGGGAUGUAAAUACUCGCCAGAGUGUGAUGGAAUAUGAAGAACAUGAAAAACGGGCAUGGAGUGUUGAUUUUUCUAGGAUGGAACCAACAAUGCUAGUUUCUGGUAGUGAUGAUUGUAAGGUGAAGGUGUGGUGCACAAAGCAAGAAGCCAGUGUUAUCAACAUUGACAUGAAAGCAAAUAUUUGUUGUGUUAAAUACAAUCCAGGGUCAAGUUUUCAUGUUGCGAUUGGUUCUGCUGACCAUCACAUUCACUAUUUUGAUCUGAGAAAUACUAGUACUCCACUACGUGUUUUCAAGGGGCACUGGAAAGCAGUAUCUUAUGUAAAAUUCUUGUCCACCAAUGAACUUGCAUCUGCAUCAACAGACAGUACAUUGCGACUUUGGGAUGUAAAAGACACAUGCCCAGUGCGGACCUUCAGAGGGCACACGAAUGAGAAAAAUUUUGUGGGUUUAACAGUCAACAAUGAGUACAUUGCUUGUGGUAGUGAGACAAAUGAAGUAUUUGUGUACCAUAAGGCAAUCUCGAAACCAGCUGCAUGGCAUAAAUUUGGAUCUUCAGAACUUGAUGAUGCAGAAGAUGACGUUGGUUCAUAUUUUAUUAGUGCUGUUUGUUGGAAGAGUGACAGUCCGACAAUGUUGACAGCCAAUAGCCAGGGAACAAUCAAAGUUCUUGUACUUGCAGCAUAGACGUAUAGAAUAGUGGUACAAAGCCACUCUAUAGUCAACCCUUUGCAGUCAAGUGCUGUGGGUAGAUUUAAUUUAGUUUCUCAUUUUAUUUGGAGUUGCUCUUCCUAUUAUUUUCUUGAAUCAUCGGACUGGCCAAACAAGCCAUUGGCGAUUACCGUGACUUGUCAUUUCUCUGUGUACAGUGUUGUUUGUUAAUAUGGGGUAAAUUUGCUGGUUGAUUUUGUUAUACUUUUCUUUUAAUUAAUGUUUAAAGAGCCAUGUGAUUGUGAUUAUUA